GGCACUUCUAGGGGCUCACGCUCCUUCAGCCUUUCAAUGAACCCUCGCCUGCGUUCCCGCCUGUACCAUGGUUGCUAUGGUGCCAUCGUGACCAUGGAGACCUCUGGUGCUACCUGUGAUAUCACAGGUUUAUUUUCUAUUGGUGUAGGCAUCCGUGGUUUUGAAAUGUUUGCUGAGAUGGAUUUGAAGGUCUUCAAGUCUUACAUUCUAAUCAAAGAAGCCAGGCACUGCAUGGACCCUGCUCUCACUGCAGCCAUCAUUUCCAGAGAAAGCCACGGCGGAACCAUCCGGCAAGACGGCUGGGACCACAAAGGACUUAAAUUUGGCUUGAUGCAGUUGAUAAAAAAAAUCCAUCAGCCUGUUGGUACCUGGGGCAGCAAAGCACACCUUUUGCAGGCUGUUGGGAUUCUCACAGACAGAAUUAAGGCAAACCAGAAAAAAUUCCCCACGUGGAGUGUGGCUCAAUACCUCAAAGGUGGUUUCUCAGCCUUCAAGUCAGGAACUGAAGCCACUGCCACCCCCGCGGACAUAGAUGACGUCAUCAGUGAUAUUAUAGCUCGAGCUAAAUUCUAUAAGAGACACGGCUUCUAGGCAAAGCUCUGUGGGUGGGCCAGGUUGGCAGGUGCUUAGAUGGCCCCUCUUUGAGGGUUUGAUAUGGUUGUGUUGUACCCAACACUGGCAAAGGAAUGGUCGCACUUACGACAGAAAAUUCAUUUCUCACUUUUCUUCAUGCAAAUAAGCAUAAAAAAAGGAAAAUCCACCCAGUUCACAUUACGGUUCCCAUGAAAUAUGCAUAAACAUACGCAUAAUUAUUGUGCAGUAAAUGUAAAUGUCAUAGUAAGUGACAUAUUCUUACCAUAUUCUUAAGAAUAAGUCCACAUAUUGCAGCAAGGCCUCA